ACGGGGUGGGUGCUCUGCUCUGCUCUGCUCUGCUCUGCUCUGCUCUCCCGUCGGAGCUCGCCCGGCCCGGCCCUAUGGCUGGACACUGAGCCACCGCGCCCUGCGCCCUCGACUGGGAGAAAUGAACAGAAAAUGGCAAGAAAGAAUGAAGAAAGUGGAAGAACUAGCAUCUCACUAUGAAAGAAAUCCUCUUCCUACAGUUUAUAGACCAAGACUGUCCAAACCCUCUAUGCCAUCCUCUGUUUGGAAAAUAUUUUCUCGACAGGCUGAAGCUUUUAAUUAUGCAAAAACCUGCCAAGAGGAUGUUCAUGUGUUUGCUUUGGAGAAGAACACACGGAGUGGCCAGAGGUUUUACCUUGUGACAACAUAUAAAGAGCUUUGGUUUUAUUACACCAAAGGUUACAAAACAAGUCUUAUGCAUUGCUAUGAAGUAAUUCCUGAAAAAGAUGCUUGCAAACUUUAUUUUGAUUUGGAGUUUUACAAGCCAGCGAAUCCUGAUGCAGAUGGCAAGAGUAUGGUCAUGAAGCUAAUUGAGCUUGUCAGCCAAAAAUUAAAAGAACUUUAUGAUGUAAAUUGUUCAUCAAAAGAUGUCUUGAACUUGGAUUCCAGUACUGAUGAAAAAUUUAGUCGGCACUUAAUAUUUCUACCCCAAAAGACUGUAUUUAAGGAUAAUACUCAUAUUGGUAACUUUGUGAGAACCAUUUUGCAGCCUGCCAUAAGAUUAAUGCAGAGUAGGGCUGCUGGGAUCCCAGCAGAAGAAGCAGGACAUGUUUUCCAGUGUUCUGCAGGAGCUGGAUUAGAUGGUUCUCUUACAAACUUCACGGCUGUUGAAGAUGCAUCUAAAGACUGGCCAGCCAUCGCUCACAAAACAAAGGAUAUAGAAAUGCCACACCAGGAAGAAAAUGUUGAUUUUUCCUUCCUAAUAGUAAAUGAUAAAGAAGGCAACAAGCAGCUUUUUGUGGAUCUAGGAGUUUAUACAAAGAAUAGAAAUUUCCGGAUGUAUAAAUCAUCAAAAGCAGGAAAAAAUGUGAUUCUGAAGAUAGCAGAGGAUAAUAAGUUUAUCCCCAACUGUGAAAAGGAUGUUUCCUUGGAAGAAGCAUAUUUUCUUUCCUCGUUAAUCUGCAACGUUCGAGUGAGUGAUGACAUAAAAGUUCUGUCAUCUGGCUUUUCAGAGGAGGAGAGAAAAAUGUCUGCUUUCUUAAACAGCAAAACUACCAGAAGCAGCAGAGAUCCCAUGGAAGGCCACCAGGGUUCACCAUAUCCAGAAAUUGAUCAUUUUGUUCGUUCUUUGGUUAAUAAAGACGGGCUACAAGGAGGGAUACGACAAUGGAGUUACUUCUCUCUCAAAGAACUACUUAUUUAUGAUAUUUCUGGUUACCGUUGGUGUGAAAAUAUCGGAAGAGCUCACAAAAGUAACAAUAUAAUGAUUCUGGUAGAUCUAAAGAAUGAAGUCUGGUAUCAAAAGUGUCACGAUCCUGUCUGCAGAGAACAAAACUUCAAAUCACCAAGUUUUCCAUUGCCGCCUGGGAUAUGCCUUCCAUCUCUUUUCCAAGAGGAAGAAGAGUCCACGCUAAUGGAUGACAGGGGGCACACAGAAGGAGCAGUAAAUCCAUAUUCUAAUGCGUCAGACUUGUCAAAAAGCUCAGUAUCUCCAGAGAACAGCUGGUCUACAGACUUCCUCUUGUCAGACAGUGAGUGGGAAAACACAAGUGAUGAUGCCUGUUUCCUAGAAGCUGCUGAAGAUGUGGAACUAGCUGAAGCUGCAGAUGAUAGUCUGAAUUACGCCAUGGAAGAAAUCCCAGAUGAAGUUCUUCUGGAAGCUUUAAGGAAAGAAGACCUCUGCACUAAAGGCAGCAGCUGAGCACAGGCCUGGCCAGCAAUGUUGUGUGUCACAUGCCGGUGUGAAAGGUCCAGUGGGGUAGUUCACAAGCACCACACCAGGGCCGUAAGACAAAGAAUGGAGUGCCUGGGUGAACUUCAACAGGCACGAGGAGAUCAUGGAAGAUCGUGUGGGGGCGGAAGUGAACAGGACUGAAAAUGCUGCAUCAUGAAUGCUGCUCCAAGCUUAGCACUUUAAUGCUCUUUGCUGUACAGUUUCUGUUUUGUUAGUUGUAUGUCCAAGUUUUAUUGAGAGGCCAACAAAACAGACUUCUUAUUUCCAUAAAUGAGAUUAAAUAAUUUAUU